UUAGAUUUCCUUUGCUUGUCCGAUGAAAGGAACAGUCGUCAAAUAAACAAAAAACACUAACAGGAAAACAACUAAAAUUUUAAUGUUAAAUUUUACAUGAUAACCAAAGCUAUGAAGGAUUCAAAGCAUUCGCAAGCUCCUAUAGAAGAUUUAAGUGAAUUACGUAGUUAUUUUGCGUCACACAAUACUACACGCGAGUACAUUGCACAUUCAUCCAAAGUACAUUCCGUGGGCUGGUCCUGUGAUGGUAGAAAGCUGGCUUCUGGGUCAUUCGAUAAAAGCGUUGCAAUAUUUAAUUUAGAGAGGAGUAGAUUGAGUCAAGAUUUUAUUUUCAAAGGCCACACAGGCUCUGUAGAUCAACUCUGCUGGCAUGCGUCACAUCCUGAUCUCCUGAGUACAGCGAGCGGAGACAAAUCUGUUAGGAUAUGGGAUACACGAUCACACAAAUGCGCGGCGACAAUCCCAACCAAAGGUGAAAACAUAAAUAUAGCAUGGUCUCCUAAUGGCAACACCAUUGCGGUAGGGAACAAGGAAGAUUUAGUUUCAUUUAUCGAUACAAAAACUUAUAAAGUGGUAACAGAAGAACAGUUUAACUUUGAAGUGAACGAGAUAUCAUGGAAUAAUACAUCGGACUUGUUCUUCCUCACCAACGGACUGGGAUGCGUACAUAUUAUGACUUAUCCAUCUCUAGAAUUGCAGACAGUACUGAAGGCGCAUCCUGGUACGUGUAUCUGCAUCGAGCACGACCCAACCGGUAGAUACUUUGCUACUGGGUCAGCCGAUGCUCUGGUCUCACUAUGGGAUGUCAAUGAACUGGCCUGCUUAAGAGUUUUCUCCAGGUUGGAGUGGCCGGUCCGGACGCUGUCGUUUAGCUUCGACGGCAGGCUGCUGGCGUCCGCGAGCGAGGACCACAUCAUCGACAUCGGAGACACGGAGACAGGGGAGAAAGUAGCAGAGAUCCCGGUGUCCGCGUCCACGUUCACGGUGUCGUGGCAUCCCGCGCGCUACCUGCUGGCCUUCGCCUGCGAGGACAAGGAGCCGCCCGAGAGGAAACGGGAUUUGGGGAAUCUCAAACUGUGGGGACUCUCUAGUUCUUAGUGUUGGAAAUGUAAUAUACAAAAUAAACUAAAAUACUAAAAA